GAUCGAUAAACCGGGCCGGCGCCCGGCCAAACGCGGUUGGAUCGACGCCCCGAGUUUUGCGGCGGCACAACCUAAAAUCGACUUCAGGGCAGGCCGAGACAUAUCUCAUAAAAAAACAAAACCAAAAAAAGCCCCAACGACUAGUGUAACCCAAUGACCAACCCCGAACCAACCAAACCUUCUUCCACCCUCAUCCCCGGGCGGCUCCCCAGGCAGCGCGUCUCCCGCGCAACCGACAUCCUCCUCGACCCGGGCGGGAAAGCCGCCCAGCCGCGCUACGCCGCCUACGUCCGCGCCCGCCACCGCUUCUGGGAGGCCUUCCCGCGCGGCGGCGCCUACGUGCGGCUGCCGACGCCCGGCGCCGACCUCGAGUGCGGCUUCCACGCGCUGCGGCUGUCCAUGAUGCACCAGCUCGCGCUCUCUCCUGAUGAUGAUGAUGACGGGGUUGUUGCUGCUGAUGCCGGUGGGGCUGGCGUGGGGGCUGGUGCGGGGGCUGGGGCUGGGGCUGGUGAUCAGCUUCAUGAUCAGGACCGUGAUAGUGGUGGCGGCGGCGGCGAUGGUGGUGGUGAUGGCGGCGUAGUGCGCAUCCGCAUCCCGACGUUGGCGGAGCUGCGGCACGUGUACCGCACGGGCGCGGUCGCGCGGGAGAACGCCGCGGCGGGGAUGGACAACGACAGCUGGUUCACGGCCGACCAGCUGGCGGCCGUGUUUGCGGAGUGGGGGCGGCGGUAUCUCGACGGUUCCGGGGUGCGGUGUCAGAUGGGCUACGUCGCGGACGACGGCGUGCCGGUCAUGAUGAACACGCCCUGGGUCGAUACCGGGGAGGUCGGCGAGGGGAUUGUGCGCGUGUGGGUGUACAAUGAUGGGUGGUCGUUGAGGGGCGGGGUGGGACAUUUCGAGGGGUUGAGGAGGCCCACUGAGGAGGAGUUGGCGUCGCUGUCAGAGGGGAGGGAUGAGGACGGGAGUGGUGCGGAGGAGGAUGGUUCAGUUUGAGUCGGGAACGGGCAUCACGAAUUCAGUCUCCAUGACGCAGCUCUUCGAGGUCGCCGGGGCGGAUUGCGAUCCAGACUCGCGAACGAUUCAGACCCGCAAACUACGGCCUCGCCGCCGCCGCAUCUCGGAGUUCAGCUCGUCCACGGAAGUCGUUCAUGAAGGCCUUCUACGUCCCGGAGGGGCCGUGCCUCAUCAGGACGCCACCGGUCGCCUCGCGCAGCCCUUUCACAGCCUUUGCACCCGGAAAAGUCAACUGGGAGCGCAGUCUUUCCGCGCCGCUACUUCUUACGAGUUGAGCUUGCCGCCAUCCCUGUCAGCCCUGUCUGCCAGCGUUGCAGAUGAGGGGCCAUCGGUUU